UGGAAAACUUCUUUGACACUGAGGAGAAGAGACUGCAAACCAAGUUUUUUAAAAGGUGCAAAGAUCCUGAAGAUUAACAUUUAUCAUGUUGAGAUUUGGGCAGCACCUCAUCAAGCCCUCGGUGGUAUUCCUGAGGACGGAGCUCUCCUUUGCCCUUGUGAACCGGAAGCCAGUGGUCCCAGGGCAUGUCCUUGUUUGCCCUGUGCGGCCAGUGGAGCGUUUUCGCGACCUGCGUCCUGAGGAAGUGGCCGAUUUAUUUCACACGGCGCAAAGGGUUGGCAACGUAGUGGAGAAACACUUCUGCGGCACCUCCCUCACCAUUUCAGUUCAGGAUGGCCCUGAAGCUGGACAAACGGUGAAGCACGUUCAUGUCCAUGUCCUUCCAAGGAGGGCCGGAGACUUCAGCAGGCAUGAUAACGUAUACGAGGAGUUGCAACGACAUGACAAAGGAGAAGAGGAGUCUCCUGACAAGUGGAGGACAGAAGAGGAGAUGGCAGCCGAAGCUGCAAUUCUGAAGAAGUAUUUUCAGUAAAAUUAGAGGUGACAAUGUGUUUCUAAAACAUCGCACGACAUAAGAAGCUCCCUGAGAAAGACCUCAUUCUCCAGUUCUCAGUGGCGCUGGAACUGCUGCUGAACACAUUUUUAUUAUGUUCUACAAAUAUGGCGUUCUUCCUUGAAAAAUUUUAUUGGACCUUUGGAUAUCAUCAGGGUUGAAUUUCAGCUAAAACAACUAACAGCACUGGUUCAAAAUACUACGCUGAGUAGUAACUCAUAUUUUUCUGAAUUGUGAAUUUGGGAAAGAAUCUUUUAAAAUUGUCCCUUGGCCUAAAUUGAAAUAAAAUGCUAGCAAACUUAUAGAUCCUGUGUUAGAUACAUUACGAAGCAUUUGCUCCAUGUUGUGCUUUUUGAGAUUCUGUUGUUGUAUUUGUAUCACAGAAAAAUUAGAUCUUUUAGCAAUAUGACAUUUCAUAGAAACUAAGGCUUUGUUAUAGCCUCGACAAGAUAAACUUGAAGAGCUACUGCUUUGCCAGAUAAGAUAGCAGAAAAAGAAAUGUGUAACCUUUCUUAAGAUCCUUCCUUUCUCCGUUGCUUUUAAUGCAUGGGUACAACGCUGCAGGAGCUUAAGGCAAUACAAAACGCUUCUGUAAAUCAAUAAAUAUGUAAAGCUGCUAAUGUGAUAGUCAUCACAUUAGGGUUAGGCUGGCAGGAACGUCCUGAUUGCAACAACAAACCAUCAGAGUGGUAGCCAUCCAUGUGGAACGCUCCCUCUGCAAGAAAUGCCACAUUCAGAGCCCUGCAAAGGAAGAAACCUGCAAUGGUUUAGCUGUUGACUGCUAACACAUAAUAAAGAAAAAAGUCAAACAACAGAUGGAAGGGAGAAGAAAUGAGUCUGCAAGAUACGCAUGAAAAGAGCACCAGUAAUCUUACUCUUGAAUUGUGGGGAAGCUACAACAUAAGUUUUCAGUGUUGCCUGAACUCCAGAUGGGAAAUACUGUGCUCACAGUCCUUGAAAGUAAGAGCUGUGCUGCAUGAGGCCGUCAGGCGCGGAUUUGAGCUGAGCUCUGGAGGAGUUCAGGGUCAGGUCCAAACCAGAGUGGAGCAUUCCUCUGCCUGCCUGGCAGCACAGCGUGUUCACUGUCUGCAGCAAACAAAAAUGUUCUAGAACAGUCUAUCCUGAAGGGUCGCCACCUAACCCGAGAGGUAGGAAAAUGCACAACGGACGAACUUGUAUAUGGCAUCGUCUUCCCUAAGUCUUUGUGCUGGUCAAAUGUAAAAAUGAUAAUGCACAUAUUAAUGCUUGAUUCCACGUUUUACUGUGGUGCUGUUAAAAUAUUGUCCCUGAAAAGCCAGUUUGAUUUCAAAGAUCUACUGUGGCCCUGAACAAGGGCCGAAUAAACAAGAAAUGAAGAUAGGGUGGUAAGAAGCGUCGGAGAAAAAAAGGUGAGCAGACGGGACUUGCGAAGAACGUGGCAAAUGAGCCAACACAAACGGUUUUCCUUUUGCAUUUUAAUAUUUAACACAGACGUGAUUUCACAUAGAAGGAAGACAAUGGCUGCGCUACAGGGAAAGUGCUAAAUAGAAAACCUGCACAUCAAUCUCAUUUACAAGGUAUUUCCAAACCUGACACUCAGUGGCGUCUUAUUAAGUAUGGAAUAUUCCAGUAUUAAUUCUGUAGGCCAUGAUGAGUGGGCGCCGCGCCAGCCGUUU